AUGAAAAGAACAAAACUGAAGAAUCCCAAGGCGACAGCAGGGGGACAAAGAGACAUCUCUACAUUCUUUACUUCUGGGAACAAGAAAACACCCCCAAAGUUGCCUCAAACAAACUCUGCACUCUGCAAGCCUGACCUGCCCAUCCAAAAUGGAGGUGCCUUGGCCACAGAAUCGCACUCUGCCUUAAAGAGGAGCAUUCUUGGGGAAAUUGAGAACCAUCUCCUCGGCUCACCAGAGCUCCUCAUCGUUUGUGAGACCCCAAGUAGUCAGAUGUUAGUUUUACCAUCUAGAGGCUACAAAGAUACGAACCCUGAGCCCAGGAGAGAAACCCCUUCUUUGCAGAAAUCCAUACACUUGUCCCCUGUCUGUCAAAGUCCUCCUUCAAAAGGGCUGAAUAUCAUGUCAGACGUUAAAAAGGAAAGCUGUAGUUCGCUGAAAAGGGUUUUGAAUCCCUCCGAAGAGCUCCACGAGGCAAAGAGACCAAGAAUUGCUUAUGCAUUAGAACACAGUCCUGACAAAGGACCUCAACCUGAAAGAGAGACUGUUUUUACCACGAUAAUUGAGCCAAAGAAAGCAGAAACAGAAAGCGUAGUCGUCCAUGUGCAAACACCAGAUGACGAAGGUGACAGAUUUUCAGAAAAGACGCAUGAAGAGGAAAAAGAAGGCGAUUCGGAGGAGAAAGAAACAGCCGAGCACAAAUUGACAAUAACUGAUAACAAGCCAGCUGCAGUUGAUACUGGGACCUCGUCGGCAUUUCCUUUGGAAGACUGUUUGAAUGAGAGUUGGUUCACAGAAGUGAUGGAGCCCACUGAAGCGGUCAUCCGCAAGGAGAAACCUGAUAAGUUACCAGAUCACGUGAUUCUCUGCGGUGGUCUAAACAACCGCUACUGGGUUUUAAACGUGGAUGAGAGGCCAAAUGAAAAAGUCCUGACCAUCACGCAAUACAGAUCUCUCCGACCCACCGAGACGUGUCUGCUGAAAGACGACUGGGAGAUGACGCCUGUUUGUCGCGGUGACGUGAUCCACCUGGAGGGCCGCGCAGACUCUGGAUUCUGGACGGUGGACCGAGAACAAGGCCUGCUGGUUUUACUUCCAGACUUUUUGGUUUCAGGCACCAGUAUCUCCAGCUCCAUCCGCUGUAUGAGGCGGGCUGUGCUCGGAGAAAUGUUCAAGAGUUUUGACGGCGGCUCCAAGCAGAUGCUAAAUGGCACUAUCGUUCAUCAAGUGUUCCAGAAAGCUGCCGCAGCUAAAGAUUUCUCUUUGGGCACUUUGUCCAACAUGGCUGAGGAGGCGUUACACAGUCCUCAGCACCUUGGGGACAUGUACAGUUUGGGUGUGACUCAAGAUGAGAUGAAGCAGGAGCUGCAUAAUUACCUGCCCUCAUUGGAGCACUGGGCAAACGAAUACCUCAACUCAUCAACGCCAAAAUCAAUCAGCCUCAAAAUCCUUGGCGAGGCAGCGGGCGGGAUGCAGGACGGCGCCACAGCUACAAUUACGGAGCUGGCUGACAUCGAAGAAAACGUGUGGUCGCCGCGAUUCGGUCUCAAAGGGAAAAUCGACUUGACGGCGCAGGUUCGAAUUGAAAGGAGACGCAAAUCAUCUGAAGUGAUGACCGUCCCCUUGGAGUUGAAAACUGGACGAGAGUCCAACUCGAUAGAACAUCGCAGUCAGGUAAUUCUGUACACUCUGAUGACGUUGGAGCGAUACAGUCCUGCAGCUGGUUUCCUGCUUUACCUCAAGACCGGAAACUUGCAUCCUGUUGUGGCCAGCCAUAUGGACCACAGAGAAUUGCUGAAGCUGAGGAACACGCUAGUUCAUUAUCUCCACGAUCGCAUGCAGAAAGGUGUGGGGGGAAGUCACCUGGCCAGACUUCCUGACAUGGUGACUGACAAAAAGACCUGUCUCUAUUGCCCUCAAAGAAGAAAUUGUGCUUUGUAUGAAAGGGUGUUGGAAGGCACGUCGGCAGACAUCAGUGAUGAAUUCCUGCAGCAAGAGACGGGUCACCUGACUGCCACGCACCUGGAUUAUUUCACCCACUGGCUGCUGCUCUGUAGUCUGGAGGCUGCUAGCAUGGAGGCCAGGAACGGUCGGAAGCGCAUCUGGCUCCAGACAUCUGCGGAGAGCGAGAAAAAAGGAACCUGCAUCCGGAACCUGCAUCUGAUCGGUUCUGCUGGUGUCCGGUCAGACGGCGUCUUCCUUCAUCACUUCCGGCGGGUUAAUGAGACGCACGAUUCAAGCGGCUGCGGCCUGGCCAGCGGGGAUCGCGUUGUCCUUAGCGACCAAAGAGGUCGCCUUCUUGCCUUGGCGACAGGCUACCUGUGUGAUGUCACCAGGACAUCCAUCAGUUGUACUUUGGACAGGGAUGUGUCAAAGCUGAGUGACGAGGUGUUUCGACUGGAUGCAGAUGAAGGAGUGAUGGGCCUCAGCACUCAUUUCACCAAUUUAUCCAGACUGAUGGAGAGCAGUCAAGUCGGCAACCGCCUGAGAGAGUUGAUUGUGGAUCAUCGCCCACCAGAGUUUAUUUCCAAUCUCAGUUCAGUUCUGCCCAAAGAGGCCAAAGAGACAGUGGCUAACAUCCUCAAAGGUCUUAACAAGCCUCAGAAGCAGGCCAUGAAAAAGGUGUUGUUGUCUAAAGACUACACUUUGAUUGUUGGCAUGCCUGGAACAGGCAAAACCACCACCAUCUGCACUUUGGUUCGCAUCUUACACGCUUGCGGUUUCAGCGUGUUGCUAACGAGUUACACGCACUCGGCUGUCGACAACAUCCUUUUAAAGCUGAAGCGCUUUAAAGUUAGCUUCCUGCGACUCGGUCAAGGACAGAAGGUCCAUCCAGACAUUCUUCCAUACACAGAGGAAAGUGUCAGGAAGAAUGGAAUUAACACCGUGUCAGAUCUAGAGAAGCUUUACAGCAAAGAGCUGGUGGUGGGGACGACUUGCAUGGGCAUCAAACAUCCAAUUUUCACACGAAGGCGCUUUGAUUUUUGCAUCGUGGAUGAAGCGUCCCAGAUCAGCCAGCCUAUUUGCCUGGGUCCACUGUUCUACGCCAACAGAUUUGUCCUAGUUGGCGACCACCAACAGCUGCCCCCAAUAGUGCAUAACCUCGAAGCAAGGUCAUUGGGGAUGGAUGAGAGCCUGUUCAAGCGACUUGAGUGCCACAGCGAAGCUGUAGUCCACCUCAACGUUCAAUACCGCAUGAACAGGCAGAUCAUGUCCUUGAGCAACUGUCUGAUGUAUGAUGGCCGCUUGGAGUGCGGCUCGGAGAGGACUGCUUCGGCGCUCCUCUCGCUGCCCUCGCUUCCAUUGGUCCAGUCGGAGCUCAGUUUCCUCCCUGACUCGCAACCGCGACAGGAUCUGGCGUGGAUUCAGGCUGUGUUGAUGGCUAGCAAACCUGUUUGCUUCCUGGAUUGCUCAAUGGUACCCGCUUUUGAGUCAGUGGUACAAGGAGGAGUAAGCAAUCAAACUGAGGCGGCCAUCAUCCAUCUCCUUCUGUCACUGUUGGUGAAGGCCGGCUGUAAACCCAGCGACAUCGGCGUCAUCGCCCCAUACAGACAGCAACUGAAGAGCAUCUCCGCUCUGCUGCAGUCGUCUGCUUUUAGCGGUGUGGAAGUCAACACGGUGGACAAAUACCAAGGACGGGACAAAAGUGUCAUUGUGCUCUCUUUUGUCAGGAGUAGCACCCAAGAAGAAAAUUUAGGAGAGCUGUUGAAGGACUGGCGUCGCCUGAAUGUUGCCAUCACCAGGGCCAAACACAAACUCCUUAUGGUGGGCUCCACGUCCAGCCUCAGACGUUACACACCUGUGGAGAAACUACUCAAUCAUCUGGAGCAGGACAACAUGAUUAUCCAGCUCCCUCCGUUAGCACACCAAGCCCUACCCACGAUGCUUCUGUGA